UUGAAAAAUCUAAUUCUCAAAUAUUGCUGACCAACUUUCACUGAAACUUGGAAAAUCCAUUAAACCAUAAGAACAGCAACAACAACCAACAGCUGUGGUACAGGGUGAAGUUCAGCAAGGCUGCGAGGAUCUUCAAAUAUAAAGGAUAACUUUAAAAUGUAACUGUACUUAGGUGUCUGCUAAACUACUGUAUAGCUUAGAAAUGUGAUACACAAACCAAAUGUUAGCUCUGUCGUACAAUGUGCCAGAAGAGUCUUCUCUUCUGACAUGGACUGUUAACAGUGCAGAAGAAUCAUUUCCUAUUUUCCACCCUGCCCUCACUGUGCUCAUUAGCAUUAAGCUGAUGACUAAGUGCACUGCAGACAGACAAUUACAGCAACAUGAAGCCAUGACCGUACUUCGCACCUCCAGUUUCACUUCUUAACAGCAGCUUUUAGAAUAAGUCUUCUUUUAAUGCUAGUCUUCUGGCUUUUUCUAGAAUUGGUCUGAAAGACAAGAGACCUUGUUUCUGUUUGUCCAUGGAGUUCCCAUUUUUUCAUGGAAAGAUAUCAAGAAAAGCAUGUGAAGAACUGCUGUGCAAGAAAGGAAAGAAUGGUAGCUAUUUAAUACGAGAGAGUGAAAGUGUGGCUGGAGCCCUGUGUCUGUGUGUUUUCUUUGAAAAAGUCAUCUAUACUUAUCGUAUCUUCAGGGAUUAUGAAGGAUAUUAUAAAAUGCAGACUUCUGAAGGUGUUCCAGAAAAGGUCUUCAGAACACUAAAGGAUUUAAUAUAUAACUAUGAAAAGCCAAACCAAGGGUUAGUAACAAAGCUUCGCUACCCAGUCAAGAAAACAAGCUCCUCACGAAGAAACCAGAAGUUCAAGUUAGGAAAUGAUAACGUUUACGAUGAAAUUGAUGAAACUGAUUAUGUAGAUGUCUUACCUUGAACGAUUUGCAACCUGACGAAUUGGAAAGACCUCAUCUUAGACUGUGCCACAGCACAUCAACUGGAGACAGUUAACAGUUGGACAGUCAAAGCUAUGUAUCUAUACUCUGGAAUUAGUGCCUUUUGUAGAUUAACAGAGCAACUGCAUUUUGCCCCAGUAGAUACAGCACAAAGUACUAUAUAUUUUUUGUGCAUCGUUAAGAGAAUUAGUUUUCCUGACAUGUGGAUAAUUGUAUGGGGGAAAGGGAGUGCGUACUUGUUUGCUUGUGUAUGUGUAUUUAUUGGGUUUUUUUAGCAAACUUUCCAAGAUGCCUAUUGCUGAAACAUACAAUCUGUUAUUUUAUAAAUCAGAUAUCUAAAGACAGCUGUCAAGUAGAUGGGGCCAGGCUCUUUUCAGUGAUGUCCAGCAACAGGACAAAGGACAAUGGGCACAAACUGGAACAGAGAAAGUUCCAUAUGAUCAUGAGGGAGAGCUUUUAUACUUCGACAGUGACAGAGGACUGGCACAGGCCGCCCAGAGAGUCAGUUUUCUUCUCACGAGAUAUUCAGGAUUUGUCUGGAUGCCUUCUUGUUCAACCGGCUGUAGAGAACUGCUUUAGAAGGGGUUUGGACUCAUGGGUGUCCAACCUUUUGGCAUGCCUGGGCCACACUGAGUGAAGAGGAAUUGUC